GUUCUGGAAAGCAUGAGCAACGAGCUGAGCGCAGCGAUCCUGCGGCGGAUCCUCGACGACGUCAAGGGCAGCGGGGGCACCUUUGGCCCCGAGCAUGGCACGAUGCUCAUGGCCAUCUACCACAACGAGCCCGACAUGACCUUGUUCCAAGCCGCCGUCGAGCUCGUCGAGAAGAGCCGCGUCACGCGCAUCACCGCGACGCCGAGUGGCCGCACCUUGGUGCGCGUCUCGGCGCCGUCGCACCAUGGCGCGCACGCCAUGCAUAUCUGCUUUGCGCACUACUGCUCGUGCGACGCCUUUCACGAGGCGACGGUGCACGGCCGCUUGACCAUGUGCAAGCACAUGCUCGCCGCGCUCUUGGCCGACGCAGUCGCCAAGAUGCAGCAGGUGACAGUCGCCGACAGCGAGUUUGCCAACUUGCUCUGCUCGGACGACGCGACCAUGUAACACAAGAAGGCUCUAUUUAUCGCUCCACCACGAGCUUGCUAUCCAUCGCCAAGCCCUUGUAGACCACGUCGCCACUGCGCAUGGCCAUAGCCCUACAUGCACAUGACGCCGUCGGCAGCACGAUCUGUCCCUUGAGUGAUAGCUACCGCGACGAGGCGUAGCCGUAGCGACGUCAGGAUGACGUCUCUUGCUUCCUGCAUGGCUUCAUGCCCGCCUUUGGAUCUUGGUGCAUUUUCGCCGUAUACGCUGGCGCCGGGCCCCAUGCUAAGAGGUUAGCACCAUCGAGAAUGUUCGUUUAU